AUGUCUUACCGCCGUCGAUCGAGAUCUAGGACCCCUCCCCGGAGAAAAAACUAUCCCGAUCCAGGCCGUAGGCUUCGGCAGGUGGAUUGGAAUUCCUAUUCCCUCACGCGAUUCGAGAAGCGCUUUUACCGUGAAACCUCCAGCGUUCGAGACCGUUCUAGAAGAGAUAUCGAAGAAUUCCGUUUGAGAGAGAAGGUGACUGUUUUGGGCCGCAACGUUCCACGCCCCUUGUUCAAAUUCAACGAGGCUGGAUUUCCAAGCUGUAUACUGAAAGUCAUUAAGAAGAAUAAUUGGGUUUCGCCUACACCUAUACAAUGCCAAGGAUGGCCUGUCGCAUUGAGCGGUAGGGAUCUAGUGGGAAUAGCUCAGACUGGUUCUGGGAAAACUGCGAGUUUCCUCUUGCCUGCCAUCGUUCACGCUCGAGCUCAGCCCAGCCUCAAACAUGGUGAUGGCCCCAUCGUGCUUGUUCUGGUGCCCACCCGAGAGUUGGCGCAACAGGUGGAAAAGGUUGCAGAGGAGUUUUGCUCGUAUUCUGGAUUUCGCUCAGCUUCAUUGUACGGUGGAGCUUCAAGGGCUUCGCAAUUAGAACAAUUGGGAAGAUCACCGGAAGUUGUAAUUGCUACUCCAGGUCGUCUUCUCGACUUCCUGGAGUCCAGGAAUACAAAUCUUCGACGUUGUACUUAUCUAGUCUUGGAUGAAGCUGAUCGGAUGUUAGAUAUGGGAUUUGAGCCUUCCAUCCGUCGUAUAAUUUCGCAGGUGAGACCUGAUAGGCAGACACUGAUGUGGUCCGCUACCUGGCCAAGUGAGGUAAAGGCUUUGGCUGAAGACUUUUUGAGAGAUUAUAUUCAAAUUAACGUUGGGUCUACCAAGUUGAGUGCAAAUCACAAUAUUCGACAGCACAUUGAGAUUGUGCGGGAGACAGAUAAAUUCCACCGUCUCGUCUCUCUCCUACACGAUUUCGACCGUGCACGAGUUAUCGUCUUCACGGAAACCAAACGAAGGACGGAUGAACUGUGCCAGAAACUCCGAGACAAGGGUUUUGAUGCAUCAGCCAUGCACGGAGACAAGCAUCAACGUGAGAGAGACAGGGUUCUUCAGCGUCGCAUUUCUGUCCUUGUGGCCACAGAUGUUGCUUCUCGCGGACUCGCCGCUAGUGGCACUGGCUUCGCCCCUUCGUGUGUGGCUGAGGGUCUCAUGAUGCCUCAGUCUACACAGUUCCGGUCCCAGCAUCAUUCAUCUCUGGCAAAAUCGGCUGCUGCUGAGUUUCCUGCUCAGCCGAGUCGUUGCAUAGGCACCCCUGUGCAGCCACCCGUCCUGCUGCGUUAUCUGGUCCCUAUCGACCGUGCUGGACAGUCGCGCGGAAAGAUAAUGGUUUUUGGGGUUUCCUUAUGGAUCAGGCGUUGGGCGCCCCGUUUCCCCAAAGUGGCUGUGGACGUAUUCUUUCGUGAUCCAGUUGGGACAGAUAUCAACGACAUACGGUAUAUUGUAAAUUAUGACUAUCCCGCACAGACUGAGGACUACAUCCAUCGAAUCGGUCGAACGGGUCGGAGUGAUAAGAAGGGAACAGCUUAUACAUUCUUCAACGCAAAACAACCCCGAUUGGCCAAGGAGCUUAUUGACGUAUUGAAGGAAGCUAGGCAAGAUAUACCGAAAGAGCUCAUUGAACUUGCGGAACAAAAAUCUGAAAGAAAAAGAUGGCCACGUGAUCGCAAACGUACAUCAUCAGAUGGAAGUCGAAGCCCAGAUGCCAAAAGGCAGCAUAGUUCAGAUAGUAUUCCCUCGGUUCAGCACUCCCCAAGUCGUUCUGUUUCAAGGGUCCGGAAUUCUUCUGGGUCGCCCGAUCGCAGUCGCCGCUCCCGGUCAUCGGUACGACGCAGUCGUAGAUCCUCUGACCGUUCAGUCUCGUCCAGCUCGAGUGCAUCCCGUCGAGGUCGCUCUGUUGAGCGUGAUGGACGUGAAAGACGUUCUUCAACUCAUUCCAGCAGAAGCUCUAAGCGUUCGCGAUCUAAGUCUUCCUCCAAGAGCCGUAGUCCAGACCGAAGUCUAAGAACUUCGCCUAAGAACACAUCUGAGUCUCCCGUCCACCGAUCUAGUUCCGGUCAUCGGUCUACACCUCUGUCUGGAAGCGCUAGGCGCUCAAGAUCGUCCACACCUGCCAGUAUUCGCUCGAUUUCUAGCGCUGCUAGGUCGCGUUCCGGCAGCAUCAAGUCCGUUUCUGAUGAACCCCGUUCACGACACUCCAGCAAGUGCAGUCGUUCGCCAUCACGUGAUUCAUGUCCUCAGCAACCGAAUGAAACACCGAAGGAUGAGCUAUCUAGUUCCGGUGGUGACCUUAAAAAUACUGAGGAUACAGAUUUACGACCAUCUGACACGCCAGACCGGGAAUCUUUUUCACCAAAAGCUGAAUCCCAACGUUCCUUUGAUGAAGGUUCAUCGAGAGCGCCUGAGCCCACUGAGGCAUCACCUGUGCCUAGCAUUCAUUCAGAAGUAAAUGUAUCGCCUACCUCUGAAGCUGAAACAGCAGAACCUUCAGAUCAUCAUGCGUCUGAUGGUGAAGAUGAAAUACGGGGAACGUCUGAUCACUCCCCGAGUCUGCACGAAACUAAAAAUGGUGAGAUAAAUGAUGAACUCGGUUCUAUAGACCACUUGUCGCCACAUGUUUCAUGUUCUCCCCAGGAUGAGAAAGUGCUUGAAGAAAAGUCAAUUGAAAAAUCAGAAGAACUUACAGAGCAUGACACGAAGGUAGUAAAACGUGCUUCAAAACCAAAGCAACUAAGACAAAAAUCAACUGUCGUGAGCCCACCAAAGAAGAAACAUCAAAGUCUCCUAAACGUAGUCGCCAAAGAUCACGUUCUCGAUCGGAUGCGCGGUCCAAAUUGGAUAGAAAAGAUGGCAUUUCCUCAAGAGGCAAGCCCAAAAGAGGAAACAGUCGUCGGUCGAAAUCUCGAUCUCGGUCACCACGGAAGUCACAGCGUGACAGGAGACGUUACUCGCGUUCCAGAUCUGCAUCCGAAAAACCUCGAAACUCGAGUCGUCGCUCGAGGUCAUUCUCCCGCUCUCGACGACGACGAUCGUCUUCGGGUAUGCGGCCAUCAAAUGACAGACGGUAUCAAAGAGUUGGCAGGUAUCGUUCCCGUUCUCCGUCAAACAGAAUGCAGAACAGACGUCGGAGUCCAGUUAGGCGAGGAAGUUCUCGCAGAUGGCGGAGCUUAUAAGCGAAUGCCAUUUCGUCCGGCUAGUAUUCGUGGUUGUCUUUACUCUUUAUGCACCCAAGUGCAACCUGUCCGACGGGGUUAUCCCAGAUGGGUAGGUUACCUGGGAGAAAAGUUCCGCUACCUCCGACCUGCUGUUAAUCUACUGCAUCCGUGUAUUUGUUAUUAUUGA